AACCCGUGUCUACUACAUUGGCAGGUGAGUUCCUUACCAAUGAACCACCAAGGAAGCCUUGUAGUUUGCUUACACAAAAGAAGUCCCUUUCAGAAACCAAAACCUAGAAAUCUCUGUAUCUUCCCCUCAAAACUAAAACUGCUCUAAGUAAAAAAAAAUAAUAAAGUCAUUAAUCAAGAAAGAAGAAGAAUGUGAAGAGAGCCUAAGGCAGAAGCUGGGAAACCAAAAUGCAAAGGGGACUGAGAAGCAGUCAGAGAGGCAGAAGGAAAAGAAGGCAGUCCUAAUGAUUUAAGAUGUUUUUAGAGGUCUAUGAAAGUACAGGAACUGAAUAUCAAUACUGUACUAUAUCUCUGAGGCCUAGCCCCGCCUCCCCCGAAUUUGAAUGACUAAAUGUAUGAGUGAGUGGUCAAUAAUAACAGUUGCUAUAGAGAAAAGAAGGGGCCAAAAAGUGUCCAAGAACUUAGCAACACAAAGGUCUUUAUGUCAUUGCCGAGACCAUCCAUAGAGACAUUCAAGGCAAGAGUCAUGCUGCAGAAGUUGGAAGAUAAAUGGGAGGAAAGGAAUGAAAACAGCUUUCCCCCAGGGACUGGAGGAAGGUUUUGAAGAAGGAGAUGAACUUGAGCCAUCAAUAUUAUCCAAAUUCAGUAAACCUGCAGCAGGAACUCAAAGCAAUUGCAUACGAUGUAAAAGCACUUUGCAAAUCGUCACGUUAAUUACAUUAAUUUUGGUAUGCGAUUAAUGGAAAGCACCUUCUCUUAGGUUAGAAUUCAUCAGCAUCCUUCCUUCUUAGCACCGUAUUUAUAUGACCAAUGUAACACAUCCUACGAUGUUCGAGGACACGAACCAUUUUCAUUUAAUGGAGCAAGUGCCUAGAGUUAUGACUGAACGGAACCUAAUCUAGAAGACAAUUAAGCUACAGGGCGGAAGGAAAAAGAAUCGUCCCAAGUUAUAAGCAACGGCAGGAAACUUUUAAUAAUUGGUGGCCACAAAGCUAAGGCUUCUAUCUCUGCCUAAGUCGCUUUAAAUCCUUUCCGAAGGCGGCAGAUAAUAGUGAACCACGACCCCCGCCGUAAGCAAAGUGAGGCUUCCUUCUCCACAUUCCCUUGGGUCCCUCGCCCCUAUCUGUAUCGCCCCAGGAAACAAACGCCUCAGCUGCGGGCCGAGCUCAGGCUCCAGACGUCGAUGCAGUGUCCCCAACACCUUGCCAAAAAGACUCCGCAGAGAGAUCAGAAACGUCGCUUUCUAACAAGACAGCGACGCCAACCCGAUCGCCUCUAGCACCUCCUUUAUUUUCAGCGGGGGCGGAAGCGGAAGUCCCGAUGAGGUCAUAGAGUUCUCUAGUUCCGGUCUCCAGGGCCUCAUUCCGGGCUAGAGCGCCUCUCCUCCGCCGGCCUUCUUCAAGCUCCAGCAGCUUCUAUUUCCGGCUGCGGAUUCUGUCGUAAAGGGGAGACCUCCUUUCAACCGCGGUGUCGCGGGUCCCUCCCGCCUCGUCUAGGGUCAGCGCGCAAGGACGGUCACGGGUUGGGGGAACUGCUCAGCCCACAGCUGAGCCAGGCCGCGGGGGGCUGGCCGUACUGGUGCACGCCCGAUCCCUCAGAGCCUCCUGGCUUUUGAACGCUCCUGAGAGUCCCUGACUGGCAGCCUCCGGGACUGCCGCUCGACAGGCCAGCGCCCAGCACCGAGCUGUCUGUCCCAUAGUCAACGUUUUGUCCCGUGAAGCGCAGCAUUAGUCAAGUCACCCCUCCUACACACUAUUUAACCUCGUCUGUGUUAACUUAGUUCUUCACCUCCCUUCACUCGAACACCCGCCCACCGCCCCCUACCUUGCCUCCGGAAGAGGUCUUUUUUUUUUUUUUGCCCAGUUCCAGUAAAAUUGAGGGGCUAUCUUUUGAGAUAAAAGUUAUCGUUGAGACUGAGCACCCAUCUGGCGCCCCCCAAAAGUUCAUGCUUAUUAAAGAGCUUGUGGACAAAGAAAAACCCAGUGCACACACGAAACUAUGGCUGAGCACGGGGCUCACAUCACGACUGCCUCUGUUGUGGAUGACCAGCCAUCCAUCUUUGAGGUGGUAGCACAGGACAGUUUAAUGUCAGCAGUGAGACCUGCUCUUCAGCAUGUGGUCAAGGUUCUUGCAGAAUCAAAUCCUGCCCACUUUGGCUUCUUUUGGAGGUGGUUUGAUGAAAUCUUUACCCUGCUAGAUCUUCUGCUCCAGCAGCAUUAUCUGUCGAAAACCAGCGCCUCCUUUUCUGAAAACUUCUAUGGCUUAAAGAGGAUUGUAAUGGGAGACCAACACAGGCUUCAGAGAUUGGCCAGUGCUGGCCUCCCAAAGCAGCAGCUUAUGAAAUCAAUCAUGUUCCUGGUCCUUCUUCCCUAUCUGAAAGUGAAACUGGAGAAGCUGGUUUCUAGCCUGAGAGAAGAAGACGAAUAUUCCAUCCAUCCCCCUUCUUCCCGCUGGAAACGAUUUUACAGAGCCUUCCUGGCAGCCUACCCAUUUGUUAACAUGGCCUGGGAAGGCUGGUUUCUGGUACAGCAGCUUCGAUACAUCCUAGGAAAGGUUCAACAUCACUCACCACUGCUGAGGCUGGCUGGAGUUCGGCUAGGUCGGCUUACAGUUCAGGAUAUACAAGCUCUGGAGCACAAAUCAGCUAAGGCCAGCAUGAUGCAGCUACCAGCUGGGAGCAUUGGUGAGAAGAUAAAGUCAGCUCUGAAGAAAGCCGUGGGGGGUGUUGCCUUAUCCCUCUCUACUGGCCUUUCGGUGGGUGUAUUCUUCCUGCAGUUCCUUGAGUGGUGGUAUUCAUCGGAAAACCAAGAAACCAUCAAGACCCUGACUGCUCUGCCUACCCCCCCACCACCUGUACACCUAGACUACAAUUCUGAUUCUCCCCUGUUACCCAAAAUGAAGACUGUGUGCCCACUGUGUCGUAAAAACCGGGUGAACGACACGGUUCUCGCCACCUCUGGCUAUGUGUUUUGUUACCGCUGUGUGUUUAAUUACGUGAGGAGUCACCAGGCUUGUCCUAUCACAGGUUAUCCAACAGAGAUACAGCAUCUGAUCAAACUGUACUCCCCUGAGAAUUGAGAGGGAUUAGCACCUUAUCUCACAACAAAAUGAUUGCACUGUAAGGCCACAGGGCUUGAUACUUCUCAUUCCCAAUUAGGAGAAGGCAAUGGCAGCCCACUCCAGUACUCUUGCCUGGAAAAUCCCAUGGACGGAAGAGCCUGGUAGGCUG